AUAAAAAAAGUAGAAAAAAAUGAACUUUUUAGUUGAGCAAAUAGAAGUUGAAGGUCAAUCAAAAUUUCCAAGUUGAGAAAGGACGACUCCAAUUUCACGGUGCUCUCUCUAGCAACCGAUUGACGUCUGCGGCGGCUGCGGCGGCGGUGGAUUCUCAAUUUUCUGGGUCACAGCAAAAUAUACUAAAGAAAAUUGGCGUGGAAAUGGUUGAGGGGAUAACACUGAAUGAGCUGAAGAAGAGAAAUGCAGAAUCAAAGAGGAAGAUGGGUAGCUUAAGUGAGGUUUUGGAGAGGGAGAAGUCUAGGAAAAUUGUGGUGCUAACUGGUGGGGAGUCGAAAAUUGAUGACAGGAAUCAAGGAAGAAGUGGUGUAGUGGAGGAACUGGAAGGAGGGAGGCCAAAAAGUGCCUGUAGAAAGCAAGGGAUGAGUAAGGUGAUGGAAGAGACAGAAAAGGAACUGACUUUGGCUGAGAUGAAAAUGGAGGCAUUAAAGAAGAAACUGAAAGGGAAGAAGAAAGUUAAGAUUAGAGAGGAGAGAGCAGUGGUCGAAGAGAAGAAGAAGAGGCAGUUAAUGUUGAUUGAGAAUCGGGAUAUGGAGGUAAUGACUGUGGAGGAUUCAGAUUUUUAUGACUUUGAUGAGGAUAGAGUUGAGAGGAGCUUCAAGAAUGGCCAAGUUUGGGCAAUAUAUGACGAUGAUGAUGGGAUGCCUAGGAAUUAUGGGUUGAUAGAGGAGGUUGUCUCAUUGAAUCCAUUCGCGGUGAAAAUGAGCUGGUUGGACUUUCAGAAUAAUGGGGAUGAGAGGCUGAUGUUUUGGGAGAAAAUGGGAUUUCAUAUUUCUUGUGGAAUAUUCGAGGUGGCUAGGCAGGAUACAACAAAUUUAUUGAAUAUCUUCUCACAUUUGGUUGACUGUGAAAGAGCAGCAAGAAAGUUGUACAGGAUAUACCCUACAAAGGGUUCUAUUUGGGCCCUUUACGAUGAAAGAGCCUUGGAUGUAGGAGGGAAAGAAUAUUUGAGUAGGAAUAAGCGAUGUUAUGACAUCGUUGUGUUUCUAACAAGUUACAGUGAAAUGCAUGGAUUAAGUAUGGCGUACCUAGAGAAGGUUAACGGAUACAGAGCAGUGUUUAAGAGGCGAGAGAUUGGGCCUCAUGCUAUUAGAUGGCUUGACAAGGGUGACUUCCGGCUGUUCUCACAUCAGAUUCCUGCUAGAAAGCUUUCUGAAGAGGAGGCUCCUCAUCUUUCAGGCGGUUGUUGGGAGCUUGAUCCUGCUUCACUCCCACCGGAUUUGCUCACAGUUUCCAGUAGAAAAUGAAGUUAUCUUGUGACAAAUGAUAUUGUGGUGUGAAUGGUAGUAUUGGGUUGUAGCCCUAUUUGGCAGUAAUGGAACUUUCUCACCUUAAUGAUACUCAAAUCUCAUUGGAAAAUGGAAAUUUACCUAUAGUUGAAGUUCUUUGCCUUACUUGGCAUCUCAAA